ACUCGUGCCCAGAUCAGCUCACCCCCACAGCUUGAUUGCCCAAAGCUUCGCUCCAAUAUUGUAGUAGCAUCUCCGCGCCUAUGGUGAGCUAUAUAAAUAGGAGCUAGCCUCGAUUCCCACCACACUCUUCAUCCUGCAACUGAAACCAGCAGCUCAGUCUUGUUCUCUGAAGCGCAGUGUGAAUUGAAGGAGAUCAAUGGCGGGGAAACUCUACCAGCUCAUGUCAAGGCUGCACAUGGCGAGGAGCCAGUCAUCCUCUGCGGCGGACGUGCCGAGAGGGCACUUCGCGGUGUACGUCGGGGAGCAGCGGAGGCGGUUCGUGAUCCCGACGGCGUACCUGAGGAAUCCGUCCUUCCUCGUGCUGCUCAAGAGGGUGGAGGAAGAGUUCGGCUUUGACCACCCUGCCGCCGGCGGCCUCACCAUCCCCUGUUCGGAGGGCGACUUCGCCGACAUCGUCGGCUCCGCAGCGGUGGAUCACCACUAGCUGUAGCUCAUCAUCUGACUACACCGGCGCCGGCGCAUGCAUCGGCCGGUCCAGCCACCGAUAUGAUUAUUAGUUGAUUACUAAGAAUAGAUUGUUUUAGGACGAAUGCAUUUGUCUCUAGCUGAGAAUCGCGUUUGCUUGAACCCUGUAAAUUAUGAUCCAAGGGAUAAGUAAAUUCCGAUGUUCACGUCUCUUCAGAUU